AUGUCAUCCAGCUUUCACGAGGAUUCCGACAAUGACCAAGAAUCAUUGCUCGAGUUUGAGAGGUUAGAAUCAACAUUACCCCCGGCUUUGAAAAGGUCGGCUUCCUCCUUGCUUGAAGCCAUCCAAACCAACUCAACAGCCCCGCUUCACUCUCCCAGCGAGUCCCACGAUGCCAAAAUCAGAGCACCAGUCCCGCAACAUGCAAGAGAUGUGCCCAUUUAUCAACCGAUCCCCGGCAGAAACACGGGCACUGCUACUCCCAAUUUGAAGAACCGCAGCCAUAGACAGACUUUGAUUAGCAAAUUAUCCAAAUCCGAAAACGGCAGAGAAGCUUCGCCCAUCCCCUUGCCUAAACCCAAGUUCAAUGAAAGCAUCUACAAGCCCGCCAUGAACUCCAAGCAAUCGUCAACGGGGGUGUUGUGGGCGACUGAAAGAGCCGGAGAGUACGGCUACGACUCGGAGCACGUGGGAGACUGGGCCAAUUUGGGCCAAGGUGCGCCAGAGCACGGAGAUACUAUUCCCGGCUCUUUCCCGCGACCAAAGACAAUCAGCGUUCCUGAUGCUUCCAGAGAGUACGCACCAACGGCAGGUAUAAAGCAGUUAAGAGAAGCAGUUGCUCAUUACUAUAAUGAAACAUACAGAGCAAACAAGCCCAGCAAGUACACAUACAAGAACGUGUGUAUUGUCCCCGGCGGCAGAGCAGGAUUGACGAGAAUUGCCUCGAUUAUUAGCGAUUGCUAUUUAUCCUUCUUCUUGCCCGAUUAUACUGCGUACGCCGAGAUGUUGUCCUUGUUUAAGAAUUUCUCGCCCAUCCCCGUUCCGUUGAAAGAGGCAGACAAUUAUGAAAUGCACUUAAAGAUGAUCAAGGAAGAGUUGACCCGAGGUGUUAGUGCUUUGUUGACCUCUAACCCGAGAAACCCCACCGGUCAUUGCAUGAAGCCAGACCAGUUGCACGCGCUCCACAAUAUGUGCCGUGAAAAAUGCUUAUUGAUUAUGGAUGAGUUUUACUCCCACUAUUACUAUGACGAUGGAUGCACGGGUUCUUCGAUUAGUUCAGCCGAAUACGUCGAAGAUGUCAAUUUGGACCCCGUGUUGAUCUUGAACGGGUUGACCAAGGCAUUUAGAUUGCCCGGCUGGAGAAUAUGCUGGGUCUUGGGCCCCGAAGACUAUAUCAACGCGCUUUCGUCGGCUGGCUCAUUCUUGGACGGGGGCUCGAAUGCGCCUUUCCAGUUUGCUGCUAUCGACUUCCUCCAACCACUCAAGGUGCGACAAGAAAUGAAGGCCUUGCAGUUGCACUUCAAGAUGAAGCGCGACUACAUCAUUGGCAGAUUAUCGAGAAUGGGAUUCCAUUUCGACGAGAAAAACACUCCAAACUCGACUUUUUAUUUAUGGCUCAACUUGUCCCAUUUGCCGGGCAAAUUGAGCAACUGUCUCGGAUUCUUCCACGAGUGCUUGCACGAAAAAGUGAUUGUUGUCCCCGGGUUCUUCUUUUUGAUCAAUCCUCAGAACCUAAGCCAUUUGGAAGAAGUCAUCUGGUACAAUUAUGUUAGAAUCAGCUACGGUCCCGAGCUACACCACUUGGAAUUGGGUAUGGACGGCAUCGAACGUAUCCUUCGUAGAUUCGGCUGCUUGUCAUAUGACACUCACUAG